AUGACAUCAUCAGAUUGUCUAUCGUCAAAUAAUCGGGAUCCUCGUUUAUCAGCGAUACCACGUUUGAAUCUACCUGUAUCAUCUUGUCUAAAUGUACAAAAUCAAUUACACAAAUCUGCAUCCCUUACAACUACUCCAACAUCAACAUCACCAUCACCAAAUCAAUUUCAUACACCAACAUUCGUGAUUUCACCUCGUUUUCCUCCAUCAAAUAUGGCUGGUUUUCCAAGACCUCCUUUAUUACCUUUGCCACCAUCAGCACCACUUCUAUUAAGGAAAAAUAUUGAAUUUAAACCUGCAGAACAAGAAAUACUUGAUAACAACUUUUUUAGUACGUUUAACAUGAAACAAAAUGAACCCAAAAGUCAAAAUUCAGAAAAUACAAUAAAUAAUAUAAAAGGUUCUACAUAUAAUCAAGCAAAUAGUGGAGAGCCCAAUUUAAUUGAUAUGGGUUUAGAUCCUGCAUCACCUUCGUUAUUAUCUGCUAAUGUUUUUGAAUUAUUUGAUCCAUUCAAACAAAUCGAUCGACCUCAUUCAUGGCCAUCGAAAUUAAAUGAAGCUGGUACGACAACUACGAUUACACCCCCUUUUGUUACACCAAGUAGCGAAAUUCCAACACUAUCGCCAUCAAAACUACCCAUAGUAACAUCAACAACACCGCUUUCAUAUCCAUAUCCAAUUAAAUUACGUUUAAAAUUAACAAUAUUUCCUGAAAUAAAACCAUUCAGUCAACUUGUUCAACGUAUUCGUAAUGAAAGUCAAACAAAUCAGACAUCAACUGAUGAAAUAUUUUAUUGUAAACGUGUUCAACGUUUAACUCCACAACAUAUAGAACAAAAACAGCUGCCCGUCACGUUAUAUAUCUUUGUUGAUGGUGCAAAAGAACCUAUAUGUUUAAGAAAAAUAAGUUUGCAAUCAACAGUAGCACAUAUUUUAUAUCAAUUACUUGAAAUAACACCAUUUGAUUAUGAUCAAUCAGUACUUAAAUUACGUUCUCGUGAAGAAUAUUUACGUAACGAAGAUGUUCUAUGCGAUAUUGAAUAUGUUUAUAAUUGUCUUAAUUCAUUAAAAGAAUUACAAUUUGUGCUUGUACAAAAGCCAACUUAUGGAUUUCAGAGACAACAAAAUUCAAAUGACUUUAGUUUUGAACAAUUUUGUUUAGACCAACAAGAAAAAACACAUUAUACAUUAACAUCAUCAUUGGACAGAUCUAAUGGAAUGCCAACAGACAAAAAGCAUCGAUCAUUGAACAAAUCAGCUACACUUCGUUCGACAAAAUCAUUAAAUGCAAACAAACAAGCAACAUAUUCUCAUCAAGCUCAUAUAGCACAUUCAUCCAAUGCUCCAUUUCUUGCGUCAGAUCCUCGAUGGUUAGAGGAAUUUCAAAAGGAUAUGAAUUUAAUACUUGUACAAGUCGAACAACGUUUUAAUCGUCUUGUUUCAUUUCAUCAACCGGUAUUAUCAAUAAGUGAACAAAUUAAAAUCAUAACUGAAUUAAUAAGUUUUAUAAAAAAUACUCAAGUUACAUGUUCAUCUAUACAAUCUUCUUUAAUCAGUGAUAAACAACGUGAAUUGAAACAGUUUGCUGAUCACUUAAUAAGAAAAUCGCACAAUGAACGUCUAGAACAAAUAUCAAUUGAAAUGCAUGAAAAAUUAACACGAUUACUUUAUGAUUCACUCAUUAUAAUUAUUGGUUAUGUACAAACUUAUUGUCAUGCAUAUUUGAUACCUUAUGAAGUUGAGCUUUACAAUGAUCAAAAUAUAUCCAUUGAUGUAGAACAAUUGAAAUAUGAACCAAUAAAACAAACUCAAAUGCCGCGUUCAAUCAAUGAAUCACCUGAUACAUUUCAAGUUUAUAUCGAUACUCUAUUUUCUUUACCAUCCAUAUCGAAUAUAAAAUCAGUUCGUAUUAUUGCUCGUCUGUGUUAUGGAAAUCAAACUAAAGCACUACAGAUGACUCGAUCAAUGUCAUUCGUACGUAAUAAUUAUCAUUCUGAACAUGUUGCACUUAAACCUCAGAUUCGUUUUGAUCAAUGGCUCUCGUUUGAUGAUGCACGUCUUUGUGAAUUACAACGUGAAGUACUUAUUUUAUUUGAAAUCUAUGCAAGUUACCUUGAUGAGACUGAUUCAUCAUCGCCACAUGAAAUUUUCGAUGGAACUCCAAUGCAUCUUAUUGGCUGGUGUUCACAAGCAAUAUUUAAUGAUGAACAUUAUCUUAUAACCGGCGAACGAUUUUUAGGAAUAUUUGAUUCAACAACAACCAAUCGUACGGGCUUUUAUUCAUUAAGAAAUGUUUUUGAUCGUAACUGUCCAAUAUUAAGUGUGUCAUUUCUUGAGCAAUCAUUUGUUUGGCCGGAUGUUCAACCUAGAGAUGAUAAACAUCCAGGAAAUUUCACUGAAAUAAGCCGCGAAAAACAAGAAAACUUAUCUCGACUACUUAAACGGCCAAAUUUAUUAUUAGUAGAUCAUAGUGCUAUGACAACAAAUGAUAAUCGAAAACAACAAUUCUCAUUAAAUAUCUCUGAUGAAGAACGUGAAUUUUCCGAAGAAGAGUGCCAUUUUCUUUGGUCUCAUCGCCAUUUUAUUAUUCAUAAAUCGUAUGCUCUACCAAAAUUACUUAAAUCUCGUUCGGUUUGGGAUUAUCCAAGUCUAAUUGAUAUCUAUGCACUUCUCAAUGAAGUAACUCGUGAUCGUACAAUAGAUGAAAUUGAAUCAUUUGAACUAUUACUACCUGCUUUUCCUGAUAUGCAUGUACGUUCAUUUGCAUACAGCUCGUUAAUAUCACGCUUAACAUCUCAAGAUCUUCUAAUUUAUUUGCCACAACUAUUACAAAUAAUAAAAUUUGAUUAUUCACAUUCAUCAACAAUUAUUGAAUAUUUACUUCAACAAGCAAUAAUUAAUUAUCGUUUAGCACAUAAAUUAUAUUGGCAUUUAAGACAACUGCUGAUUACAGAACAUUUACAUUACAUACGUUAUUAUUAUUUAUUUUUAUCUUUACUUUAUGUAUUAGAAGAAAAUUUUCGUGUAGAAUUACAAAAUGAAUAUGAUCUUUGUUUAAAUUUAAAACGUAUUGGUGUAAAAUUAAAAUCAAAUAAAUCAAGUAAUAAAGGAUCUCUUCUUGUUGAACAAUUAAAUAGUUUGAACAAGGAUUUUUUUCGUGCUGGUAAAUUAACAUGUCGUCUGCCAUGUCAAUCUAAUUUUAUGACAAAUAGUCUUGAUAUAAAUUCCUGUUCUUUUUUCAAUUCAUUAACUCUACCAAUCAAACUUGUCUUUAAUCCAAUUGAUUCAUCAUGUGAAAAAUAUUAUGCAAUUUAUAAAAUUGGAGAUGAUUUAAGACAAGAUCAAAUUGUCUUACAAUUAUUUGCGUGCAUGGAUAAAAUAUGGCAAGCAAAUGAUUUUGAUUUACGUUUAAGCUUAUUUAAUGUUGUACAAACACAAGAACGUUGUGGUUUUAUUGAAAUGAUUACAGAAAGUGAAACAUUAAGAGAAAUUGAAUCACAUGCAGGAACAAUUAAAGGUUCAUUAGGUGAAUCGGCUCUAUAUGAUUGGUUACGUUUACACAAUACAACGGAAAGAGAAUUUCGUACUGCUUUAGAAAAUUUAUCAUAUUCAUGCGCUGCUUACUGUGUUGCCACCUAUAUAUUAGGAAUUGGUGAUAGACACAAUGAUAAUAUUAUGGUGAAACAUUCAGGACAUUUAUUUCAUAUUGAUUUCGGAAAAUAUUUAGGAGACACACAAAAAUUUGGAUGGUUUAAUCGUGAUCGGGCUCCAUUUGUAUUUACAAAGCAAAUGUUAUACGCUAUGUCUCAUGCUGGUACAUCUAAUGAUGCAUUACAUCGUUUUGUUGAUUUAUGCUGUAAUGCAUUUUGUACAUUACGUCAAAAUUCUAGCUUACUUCUUCUACUCUUAUCUCAUUUAUGUUCAUCCAACGUAUUGAAUCUUAAUUACGAUGCUGUUCGAUUUGUUUACGAUCGUUUAUCGCCAUCAGCAAACUAUGCUCAUAGCAUAGCACAUUUUACUGGACUUAUUGUUGAUAGUUUAAAUUCAACAUGGACAACAUUGAACUUUUUAAUACAUACAUUUGCACAAACAACAAGUUCAUCUAGUUCAUCAAAUACGAUGCCUAUCGGUACAACAUUAUCAUUUAUACCUAAAACCUAUACAAUAGCUACAGAUGGUAAAAUAAAAUCAGCACAUGUUGUCAGUUAUGAUAAACGAACACAUCCAACAAAACAUUAUUUAUAUAAAUUAAAAGUUGAACGUGAAGUCAUUAAUGAUGCCAUGAUGAUAACGCAUCAGAAUACAAAACGUUCAUGCACAACAUAUCACUAUCGAACAUAUAAUGAAUUUUAUGAAUUUUUCGAACGUUUAAAUAAACAAUUUCCGCUGAUUGGUUUAGAAUUAAAAUUUUCUCGUCAAACUGAAGAUAAAAUGGUUGCUCAAAGACGUGUUAGUGAUAUUAAUGAUUUCCUGGAAAAUUUAUUUCGUUUAACGCUUGAAGUUGUUGACUCUGAUCUGGUUAUAACAUUCUUUCAUAUGAUUCAACAAGAUCAACAAAUCAAUGAUUCGAAGGAAAAACCUAGUGAUGAGUUUUCAUCACGUUUACCUUAUGAUGCAUCGCCAAAUAAUCAACCAAAAAUCCGUGUGCAAUUAAAAUAUGACAGUGGAAAAUUAUUUGUUAUGGUUCGCUAUGCAAAUAGUUUGCCACUCAUCAAUGGAAAUGAUCCCAAUCCAUAUUGUAAAUGUUAUUUAUUUCCUGAUGAAUGCAAAUCAACAAAACGAAAAGGAAAAACUAUUAUGAACUCACGAAAUCCAAUAUUUAAUGAUACAUUUACAUAUGAAAUGGAUUUAUCAGAAAUUCAAAAACGCCUUCUUCGUGUCAGUGUAUGGAACAAUGCAUUAACUGUUGGUAAUCAUGUAUUGGGUGAAGUCGAUAUUGUACUAUCUCAAAUAGAUUGGUCCAAAGAAAAUGCUAAAGAUUAUACAUUUUUUUCUAUUGACUCAUAA